AUGGCUGAGCAAAACGGAGAAGGGCGCUCGGUCCCAAUGGAGAUUCUCCUCCUUGGAGCUGGUCGGACGGGUACACAAUCCAUUUCAGACAUGCUUCUCUCUCUUGGCUACAAGGGUGUCUACCACAUGCGUGAAGUAUUCAUCAACGAAGACCAUCCUCAGCGUUGGGUCUCCGCCCUGGAAGCAAAAUUCGAAGGCAAAGGCAAGCCCUAUGGACGCGCUGAGUUUGAUGAAAUACUGGUGUCCGAUUUCCCCGCAGUCCUGUUCUGGAAAGAGCUCAUCGCCGCAUAUCCAUCAGCCAAAGUCAUCCUCUCCGUCCGCGAUGAAGACGCCUGGUACAAGUCCGUAGAGAGCACGAUCUGGCACAGCUGGAAGGCCGACAAGGCGAAAGGCAAACAGCCGCAGAACCCCACGGAGGUGAUGAUCGACAAGCUGCCUGUCUACAUGUGGGAUGGCGACUUCCCCGAGAACGGGAGGAAGUUCUUCCGCGAGCACAAUGAGAAUAUCAGACGCGCCAUGGCGGACCGGAAGGAGGAUUUCCUCGAGUACAAUGUCAAGGAUGGGUGGGAGCCCCUGUGUCGAUUCUUGGGAAAGGAUGUCCCAGAUCAAGAAGUUCCCCACACCGAUGCUUGGGCUGCCUAUAAAGAGAAGGUCAAAAGGGGGGAGUCGUGA